AUGAAGUUCUCUCGUCUCUCGACUGCUCUCGUCCUUCUAGCUUUUGGCGCUGCCGUGUCUGCUACCCAGACCGUUACCGCCACCACCUACGCACCAGUUCCAACCCCCAUGCCCGCAAGCCUGUGCCCCCCCCCAGACCUCUGGUGCUGCAAUAAUACUCAGCCUGUAAACGGAGGCAUCAUAGCCCCCCUCCUCGCCAUCCUUGGCAUUGUCGUUGUCCCCAUUACUACACUCUGCGGGGCUGGCUGCACCUCCAUCAACUACCUCGGUAUCGGCGCAGGUGGGAUGUGCACCGCUCAGCCCGUUUGUUGCCAGUAUAACAACUUCUCCGGCGUCGUUGUCAUCGGUUGCAUCCCCGUUACUCUUGGUAUCUCGGCGCGUCGGAGUGCGCAGUAUGUUUUCUUGAAAUCUUUUGUAACAAUGUUGUCCUGUACGUCGACGCCUGUGUCGGUAUAUGUGUUUGGAAUAUAUGACUUGCACGGUCAUGAUUGA